AUGGAGCUCAAGUUCAGCCCCACCUUCGCCGGGGGUGAGUAACUAGCCCAACAACCUCCAAACCUCUCUAGGCCAGACAGGGAACACUCCAGCUCAUCUUACCCGACCGCAAACCUCUAACAGCUUCCGCGAGCUGUUCUACACCAGCAGCACCUUAGCCCAGCUCAUUCCAGUCGCGUCGCAAUGCCGAUAUACUCGUUUUACAUCUUCGAUCGACAUUGCGAAUGCAUCUACGUCAAGCAAUGGCUGGAUCGCGAGCGGGCCUAUCGCAAUUCCCAACCACCGCCGUCGCUCUCCGGGAUCUCCUCGCCGACCGUCACAGCCUCCGAUAGACGCUCGAUAGCCACCAUCCCCGAUGCGCCAGUCGCCACUACCAAUUUCCGCCCGCCACCGGGACGACUCAGCGUUCAGGACGAUGCAAAGCUGGUCUUUGGAGUCGUAUUCUCACUGCGGAACAUGGUCAAGAAGCUCUCCGGCCCCGAGGAUACGUUUCUCACCUACCGAACCGGCGUGUACAAGCUGCACUACUACGAGACGCCGACGAAUCUCAAGUUCGUCAUGUUGACCGAUAUCAAGACGAAUGCGCUCCGUGCGGUGCUGCAUCAGAUCUACGUCAACCUCUAUGUCGAGUUUGUCACCAAGAACCCGCUAUCACCCACCGAACACUCCGGCGGCGAAGGUGUCGCUGUGGAAUACUUCGAACUUGCGCUGGAGAGAUUUUUGCAAUCGAUCCAAGAAACGGUGUAAACGUGACAUUCAAGCGUCUGCAUGCCGUGCAAACGAAUUGCAGCUGGAACGAACGAUGUAAUGGCGUGAAGUUGAUAGAAUCAUCCGUAACGUUAACACUGUGUAAUAAUACCCAUAUGAAUUCCUUCCUAAGCUG